GAGUGAGUUUUCUCUCUUCUGUUUCAUGCAUGGGACACAUGAGGAAAGCAAGGUAAAUCUCAAGAGACAUUUCUCUGUUACUCCUAUUGCACGGUGUUGGAUACACUGGAUGACCUUCAGGCAAAUCUUCACUAUGGAUAACUCCUCAAGUAAUGGAACAACAUCAAACAAGGAUCCCGUAUCUCUCACCUCCAUACAGAUAUUUUGUAUGGUCACAUUCAGUAUCAUUUUUGUGCUGGGUGUUAUUGGUAAUAGCCUCGUCAUUUACGUGACAGGGUUCAAGAUGAAGACGACCGUCAACUCUGUUUGGUUCCUGAAUCUGGCAUUGGCGGAUUUUCUUUUCACACUCUUCCUCGUUUUCAGCACCAUCAGUCUUUCUCUCAAUCAUAAAUGGCCUUUUGGAGAAUUCAUGUGCAAGUUCAACAGUCUUAUUCAAAUUAUCAACAUGUUUGCAAGUGUGUUUCUACUGACAGCCAUCAGUUUGGACCGCUGUUUGACUGUAUGGGUGGUGGUCUGGGCUCACAACAAACGUACUCCAAACAAAGCCAGGCUCAUCUGUGUGUUUAUCUGGCUCCUCGCCCUGGCAUGUAGCAUUCCCUUCAUAAUCUCUCGUAGAGUAGCUGAUAACAGGUGUAUAAAGACUGAAGCCAGACUCACAACCAAACGGCUUGCAGUGUUCCGAUUUGUGGUUGGAUUUCUGAUCCCGUUCCUCAUAAUCACAUGCUGUUACGUGGCCAUCGGUGUCCGCGCCAGACGAUCCAGCAGGAGGAAGAAGAUGAGGCCUUUCCUCGUCAUCCUUGCAGUCAUCUUGGUCUUCUUCAUCUGCUGGCUACCCAUUCAAAUCAUCGACCUAAUUUUGACACAGCAGCUAUACAUUCACAGCAUCGACCCAACGCUUUUCAACAGUGAUGUGUUCAACAUGGCACGAACGAUCGCUCCAGUGGCAGCCAGCUUGGCCUUCCUGAACAGCUGCAUGAACCCUUUUCUGUACAUGUUCAUGUGUGAGGAAUUUCAGCAGAAGCUGAAGCGCUCAGUGUUUGUGGUGCUGGAGCACGCCUUUGCUGAGGAACAUCUGGUCUACUUCACCUCCCAGUUCUCGGUCACGUCACGCCAAUCGGUGUCUUCCGGCUCCACCCACAGAAAAGCAACACUGACCUCCCUGGUAGCGUUUGAGAAGUCACCAGACAUAGACGAAAGAGCAGAUGCUAUUGUGUAAAAAUCCACUGCUGGGUAGAGAGGGCUGACUUAAAAAGUUUCAUCCAUGCUGGGUCUAGCACUCUCGAAUGAUAUUUUUUUCUUGCUUAUUUGAUUUGAUUUGAAGCUAUACUCUCGGAAAUGCUUUUUUUUUAAUAUGCUGUGUCAUUUGGUGUUUAUUGUAUUUUACAAGACAUAAAGAUGUUUAUAAGACAUUAAGGCUGAAAAUAAAAAGUCUCUUCUUGUAAACAUUGCAGAAGUGUUGUGUCCUUCACAAUAGAAUCCAAAGUUUUCUGACUGUAUAAUAUGUGUGUGUGCAGUAUGUUACAGUGCUAGUGAAAUAAUGUGUCUGUGUCCCAUGUACUGUAUGUGUGCUUGAUAGACCUUUGUAUACAGACUGAUUCAUUUCCCACACAAUAAAGAC